AUGGUUUGGAAACACGCUGUGAAAGUGGCUUUAGCGGCUGGCGAAGCUUUGGCUAAAGGAUUCAGUCGAGCUGUUCGCGAAGAACUUCGUGCUUCGCAACAAGCUGCUUCUUCUCACACUGCCCGGCAAUCCACUUCAGAAGCAAGCGAAAAUUUAGCUGCUAAUGCUCGUUUGGGGAUUUCUUUAGAUGAAUCAAUUCAAAUACUUAAUGUGAAGCAACCGCUUGAUAAUAAAGAUGUCCAAGAGAAAUAUGAUCAUUUAUUUGCAAUAAACGACAAAACGAAAGGAGGCAGUUUCUAUCUUCAAUCUAAAAUUUAUCGGGCCAAAGAAAGGAUCGAUGAAGAGCUACGGAGAAAAACUGAAGCUCCAUCUCAAAAAGAAAAUGAGUCAACGGAUAAAUCAUCAACUAAAGAA